UCUGUAGCCUGCUGUCAACUUGUUGACAGGGUGCUUAUGGUUUCCAUUGGUUCAAAAGCAUUGCCAUCUAGGAGACGCAGGACCUGUGGCUUUAUGGAGGACAGCUUAAUGGGUGAGGAGAAUGUAUUAUAUAAACGGGGAAAAGGGAAGAAGGGAAUGAACAGAAAGUAUAGCAGAGAAAGACAUGGCUUUGAUGGGGACAAUUCCAACAGAAAUGUAUCUGGACGAAUGAGUGAUCGAUCCAUGACAGCCGGAAAGUCCUCCAAAUAUCGAAGUACCUCAGCAUCACAAACAACACUUGUCAGGAAACAGGUUGAACCUGAAACGGCAAAGUACUUCUUGGAAAUUACGAAUCUUUUUGAAGGUGGUGGGGUUGACCUGGAGGAAAGGUCAGUUAUAUGUGGUAAUGCUCUUGAAGAAACCAGGGGGAAAGAAUUUGAACUUGCAACAGAUUAUAUCAUAAGCCACACUUUGCAAACCCUCCUUGAGGGCUGCGAUGUAGACCACCUUUGUGGUUUCCUUCGAAGCUGUGCAAAGGACUUCCCUUUACUUGCAAUGGAUAGAUCUGGUUCUCAUGUAGCCGAGACAGCUAUCAAGUCAUUAGCUAGGCAUCUUCAGGAAAAUGAUGUCUACUCAGUUGUUGAAGAGACUUUAACUAUUUUAUGCGAGGUUGUUGUUGCCAAUGCUGUUGAUUUGAUGAGUAGCUGCCAUGGAUCUCAUGUUCUUCGAAGUCUUCUUUGCCUUUGUAAAGGAGCAACAAUAGAUUCUUCAGAGUUUCAUGUCACAAAAUCAUCAACAGUUCUAGCAGAGCGAUUGAAUUUCAAAGCAUCACUAAUGGAAGAAGAUUAUUCACCGCAUCAGCUCGGAUUCCCAGAUUUACUUAAGUUCCUUGUGUCAGGAAUGAUAAAGUUUACUAGAAAAGACUUUAAGACCAUGGAAGUUGAUCAGUUCAGCAGUUUGGUUUUGCAGACAGCUCUAAAGUUAUUGGUGGGAAAUGAUGAAGUGUUGUUGCAUGUAAUUCCUAUCCUUCUUGGCCGCAACAAGGAAUACAUUGGGGAAGGAAAUUUCAUAGAAAUAUCUGCAGUGCGAGAAGUUGUAUAUUUGAUGAAAGAAAAUUCUUUUAGCCAUUUGAUGGAGGUCAUUCUGGAAGUGGCUCCUGAAAUCUUGUACAAUGAGAUGUUCACAAAAGUUUUCAAGAAUUCAUUGUUCGAGUUAUCGUCUCAUCAUUGUGGGAACUUUGUUAUUCAAGCAUUGAUUUCUCAUGCAAGACGUCAAGAUCAAAUGGAGUUGAUCUGGAAGGAACUUGGUCCAAAAUUUAUGAAUCUUCUUGAAAUGGGAAGAUCAGGAGUUAUUGCUUCACUCAUUGCAGCAAGCCAAAGGCUUCAUUUUCACGAACAUGAGUGUUGUGUGGCCCUUGCUGCUGCAGUAUGUUCAGCGGACGAGUCUCCCAGAUACAUUGUCCCUAGAAUACUAUUCCUUGAUAACUACUUGUACUGCGAAGAUAAGUCCAGUUGGAGCUGGCCUAGCGGUGUGAAAAUUCCCGUCAUGGGUUCCCUGAUUCUGCAGGCAGUAUUCCGAUAUCAAACUGAACAUAUACAGCCUUAUAUUACGAGUAUUGCAUCCAUGGAAGCUGAUCAUGUACUUGAAGCAGCAAAAGAUAGAGGGGGAGCUGCUGUUAUUGAAGCUUUUCUAAGUUCAGAUGCAUCUGCAAAACUAAAGCGCAGAUUAGUUAUGAAGCUUCGAGGAUAUUUUGGAGAGCUCUCAAUGCGCUCAUCAGGUUCAUUUACUGUUGAGAAGUGCUUCAAUGCUAGUAACAUGUCACUGAGGGAGGCUAUAGUAUCUGAGUUGGUAGCUGUGCAGAGUGAACUUUCGAAAACAAAGCAAGGCCCUCAUCUCUUAAGAAAACUAGAUGUUGACAGAUUUGCUACCCGACCUGAUCAGUGGAGGUCAAACCAAGCAUCUAAACAAUCAGCUUACAAAGAGUUCUAUGAUACGUUUGGCUCCAGUGAAGCCAAGUUAUCCAAAAAUGAUGGUUUUCUUGCCGAUACCUCCACGCAAUCAUCACGCCCAAAAGACUUGAAGGAAAUGAGGAAAGAGAUUGACCAUCACCUGUCUUCUGGUGUACCAUUUUUGAGCAUGUCAGGCAAUAAAUACAAGCCAAAAAAAGCAGAUCAACACGGUGGGAAAUAUGCAAAAAUUUCAGUAGAUGAUGAUAACAUGAAGGCAAAAAGUAAGAAGCUGAAAAAGAGUGCUGCAGCUGCAGGUGAAAUGACGGAAAAUGUAGACUCCAGUCAAAAACUAAAUCAACCUUUUAACAAGAUGGAGAAGAAACGGCAAAGAAAGGAUACCCAAUCGAAUGCUUCCAAAAAGAAGUUGAAAGCAUGAAGAUGUAAAUUUUGCUUUUAGGAUUGUAAAUUUUGGCCUAUGCUGCAUGGUCUAUAUAUGACUAGAGUGGAAACGAAACCGGCUGAAAGUUGAUGGUAGAAGAGAGGAAAUUACUUUUUAUCUGUUUACUUGUAGCUGUAAUGCAUCUACUUUCAAUUGAAAGAAACUUUUGUUGAGCUUUUGAAUUA